GACAAGCAAUGAGUUCCUUCUACAAACAAAAUAGUAUAUGGGCGAUAGAUAGGCUACAAGUAAACGAAGGAAGCAAGAUCAUUUCUUCUUACUUAACAAAAGAUAGAAAGAGCCACACGGUAUCUUAUCCCAUAGGACACCAUCAUCCUUCCAUUACAAGUUCCAAUAACGUGAAACAAAUGCUUUUCAGAUACUUUCUUUUAUGGCUACCUAUAUAUUCUGCACCUGAUCCCCCCUCACCGGACUUUUAAAUCACAUAAUUCUUUUUUAUUUGUUGGUGGCAAACAGAUUGUGUAUCCAAUUCCAAAUUCACCCAUAAAAUACUUCCUUUCUCACUACUCACAUGAUGGAGGGAGAUGAGAAUAUUCAAGCAUCAAAGGGAAAAAAUGUUGAAAGCUUCACCAGCUUGGAGGCACCAAGGAGGAAAAACAAGAAGAUAGAAAACAAGAGGAGGUUCAGUGAUGAACAGAUAAGGUCGCUAGAAUGCAUAUUUGAGACAGAGUCAAAGCUUGAGCCAAGGAAGAAGAUGCAACUGGCAAGAGAUCUUGGCCUGCAGCCUCGCCAAGUUGCCAUAUGGUUCCAAAACAGAAGGGCAAGGUGGAAAUCAAAACGCAUAGAGCAAGAAUACAGGAAACUGAAGGAUGAAUAUGACAAUUUAGCAUCUAGGUUUGAGUCCCUAAAGAAAGAGAAGGAGUCUUUGCAAGUAGAGUUGCAGAAGCUGAGUGAUUUGGUGGUGUCAUCUCAUGAUGGUGGAAGGGAAGACAAGGGUGGAAAAGAACACAGCAUAGAGGAUGGUGGUUCAGGCAGUGGAUACAGCAGUUGGAAGCCUGAAGAAAAACCAAGGUUUUCGAAUGAGGGUUUGGAGGAGAGAGUAGGUGUGUAUUCAGAUGAUCAAAAUGAGAAUAGCAUGAUGAGGAGUGAGAAAUCUGAGGACAAAGGACACCAAGUUCUGAGAAUGGAUGAUAAUGAUCACGCUGAGAUGCCAUUAGCAUCACUUGAAAAAUGGUACAAUAGUGUGGACCCUAAUGGCAUCUUGGACCAGUCAUGUAGCAGCUCUCAGUGGCUAGAUUUCUGGACUUGAAAAGUGAACAACACUCUGUGUUCCAUGUAUGAUGUUUGUUUCCUCCGAGAAGGAACAAAGAUUGGUUCGUACUUGGCUGGAUCUUGUGCUGCCAACUGGUGAAAACUCAACAUUCCAGCCUUGAAGAAUGUCGAAUAGGCCAAGAAACUGGAAGAAAGUUUUGUAGGCUUAAUUUGAUAGGGAGAGAAUUAAGCUAGCCUCACCAAAUUCAAUUGUGUAGAGAUUUGGAAAAGAAAAUAAUGUGCAAUGAUGUCUCUGUUUGUCCA